AUGAGAAAGGCAAUGUCAACUACAGGCACCACCACCACUAGAAGGUCCUAUGCCAUGCCAGUCAGCUCUUCCACUAGAAGCAGCUUCUCUUUUGGUGGACCCCAACAAAAUUUUAGCAGCAUGUCCUUGCAAAGGUCAGGAAGUUAUGGUCUGUCUUCAAGCCAAGGAAUGGGUUCCUUCAAUCCAACGAUCACAGCCGUCCAUGUCAACCAGAGCCUGCUGGCCCCUCUGAACCUGGAGAUCGACCCCAAUAUCCAGACUGUCCGCACCCAGGAGAAGGAGCAGAUCAAGUCCCUCAACAACCGCUUUGCGACUUUCAUCGACAAGGUCCGUUUCCUGGAGCAGCAGAACAAGAUGCUGGAGACCAAAUGGAGCCUCCUGCAGCAACAGACCACCACUCGCUCCAACAUCGAUGGCAUGUUCGAGGCCUACAUCUCCAAUCUCCGCCGACAACUUGACGGGCUGGGCAACGAGAAGAUGAAGCUGGAGGGAGAGCUUAGGAACAUGCAGGGCUUGGUCGAGGACUUCAAGACAAAGUACGAGGAUGAAAUCAACAAGCGUGCAGCUUCUGAAAAUGAGUUUGUGCUCCUAAAGAAGGAUGUUGAUGCCGCCUACAUGAACAAGGUGGAGCUGGAGGCUAAAGUUGAUGCUCUUCAGGAUGAAAUCAAUUUCCUCAGGGCUCUCUAUGAAACUGAACUUCAUGAAUUGCAGAGCCAGAUCAAGGACACAUCAGUCAUUGUUGAGAUGGACAAUUCUCGUCAUCUCGACAUGGACUCCAUUGUGGCCGAAGUGCGCGCUCAGUAUGAGGACAUUGCUGCCCGCUCCAAGGCUGAAGCAGAAUCCUGGUACCAACAGAAGUAUCAGGAGAUGGAGUGCUCUGCUGGAAAGUACAGUGAUGAUCUGCGCACAACAAAAGCUGAGAUCGCUGAUCUUAACCGCAUGAUUUCCCGUCUUCAGAAUGAGAUUGAGGCAGUCAAGGGCCAGAGAAGCAACCUUGAGGGCCAGAUUGCAGAGGCUGAGGAGCGCGGUGAGCUGGCAGUGAAGGAUGCCAAGCUUCGCAUCAAUGAUUUGGAGGAGGCUCUGCAGAGAGCCAAGCAGGACAUGGCCCGCCAAGUGCGUGAAUACCAGGAGCUGAUGAAUGUUAAGCUGGCUCUGGACAUUGAAAUCGCCACCUACAGAAAACUGCUGGAAGGAGAAGAGAACAGACUGAACAACGGAGGCAGCAAAACCACCGUUCAUGUGCAGCAAACAUCUGGUGGAUACUCCCAGUCCAGCGGCGGCUUUGGCUUUGGUAGCGGCCAAUCUAGUGGAUUUGGUGGAGGCAUGGGCAGUCAUGGCGGUUAUGGUGGCAGUUAUGGUGGCUCAAUCUCCAAGUCCUCAUCCUCCAAAAGCCACUCUCAGAGGUUCUAUUAAAGUUUGCCAACAAGGAGAGCUGUCCCGAUUUUGUAGUUAGAAACUCCUGAGUUCAGGCUAAUUUGGUCCCUUUUUAUGGUGCUAUGCCUUAACAUUGGACAUGUUCAAGAAGUGAGCUGAACAUCUCUGUGAUCCAUUUUACCCUCUUUUCAAUUCAACAUAAGUGUUUCUGAAUGUUCAGGUCAUUUAGCGUGGUAUUUCUUUCCUUUAUGCACUGACAGUCAUCAGACAAGGAAAAGAAAAAUAGGCUUAUGUGGAGUGUUAAAACUAUACAAAAAAAUAUUUGCCAAUCUAUAAUUGUACCUGUAAGUCUGCACAGUAGCUCUGGCAAAUUCUCUAGCUGGCAGAACCUCAGUAUCAAAAUUUGAGAGCUGAUGCAAUUGUAAGUCACUGUCAGAAUAUGAUCACGUGGGACAUAAGAGAACAGGACAUUUGUUUGAAUUUUCAUAAAAAGAGCUAAACCUUAAGCUGAUUGGUUACUGGUUUGCUUUUUAUACUGUUUUGUCAAAUGUUUCUUUGCUAGUUUUUCCUCCGAUUGCCUUCAAGCUACAACCUGUCAGAACCAUUCAAUUUUAUACAUAAGAACGAACCUUCCCUGCAAUGUUGCUGAUGAAAGUUGAACUGAAUCCUAAUAAAAGAAGUCUGACAAAGUC